UGCUUCCAUCUUGACUGCUGGAGGUGAGAUGGCCGUGAAGUGUCUCUGGUUCCUGUGAAGUCGGAACGGGCUGUGUGGACCGAGCCGCAGGAGGCCCGGAACCCCCUCGCUUUCCCGCCCCAGACUCCCUCCUUUAAGCCAUUUUCACGGUUUGGUUCACGUUUGGUUCAGGAGCUGAAAGUCGAGCAGCAGCACCAAAACCCCCGUGGACCUGAGAUCAGACCUGGAGACCCGGUUCUGGUUGUAGCUCUGUGGUGAGGCAGCCCGGCUGCCCCUCUGCCUCCAGAUGAAUGAAGAGCCCUCCGGGACACAGGGACACAGCUGAUGCAGGGCAUGCAGGUGUUUCUGCAAACAUGAUGAAGAAGAAGAACCCACACAAAAAGCAUAAGAGCAGCCUGGGCCCGACCACCAAGGUUCUGUCGCAGCCGCGGCGCAACAUCGUGGGCUGCAGGAUCCAGCACAUCUGGAAGGAAGGAGCGGGACACGUGGUGUGGAAGGGGACGGUGCUGGAUCAGGUGCCGGUGAACCCGUCGCUCUACCUGAUAAAGUACGACGGGUUCGACUGCGUUUAUGGUCUGGAGCUCCACAAGGACGAGCGGGUCCAGGGCCUGGAGGUGCUGCCGGACAGACUGGCCAAGUCCCGCCUGACCGACGUCAGCCUGGCCGACGCCAUGAUCGGCAAGGCUGUGGAGCACAUGUUCGAGACGGAGGAGGGUCCGAAGGAGGAGUGGAGGGGGAUGGUUCUGGCCCGAGCCCCCAUCAUGACCACCUGGUUCUACAUCACCUACGAGAAAGACCCGGUUCUGUACAUGUACCAGCUGCUGGACGACUACAAGGAAGGAGACCUGCGCAUCAUGCCCGACUCCAACGACGCCGUCCCGGCGGAGAGGGAGCCCGGCGAGGUGGUGGACAGCCUGGUGGGCAAACAGGUGGAGUACGCCAAAGAGGACGGCGGCAAACGAACAGGCAUGGUCAUCCACCAGGUGGAGGCCAAGCCGUCCGUCUACUUCAUCAAGUUCGACGACGACUUCCUCAUUUACGUCUACGACCUGGUCAAGACUUCGUAAAGACUCUGCGGACGUCCCGACGGCGCCACCCCCCCCGACGUGACAGAAAAGAAAACCCCCACAGCUCACACCGAGGCGCCUGAAGCAUUUAACCCACAACACGUUCCUCCGACCAUCCAAGACACAAACACAGAGAUUACUCCCCACGCAAACGGGCCGGUCGAAGGCGGAACCCUGAGGAGUAAAUUAUCGUUUCAUUUAGGCUCAUCUCUGAUUGGUUGAUUGGUUUCAGGCCGUUAAUACCUUCCGAGGUUCUGAAAUAAUUGUUUUAAAACGGUAGCGAAAGAGCCGCGGAGGCUUUCUGUUGGAAGGAGAAUCAGAUUUUCCCUGUGAAAAAUCCUCCUGAAAAACACAUCAAUACAAGACAGAAAACCUGAAAGAUGCUGAUGCUGGAUAAGAGGUUAGAGAGUUUUAAACCCCAGUGCAAAUAUAAUGUAGCCAGAGGCGGAGUCGGAUUUACAGAAUUCCCAGAUCCAACGCAGAGCAGAAGAAAAAGGAGGAUCCACAGACUGGAGCUCUGGGAAUGAUGCAGUUCUGCUGUUCGGACUCUUUAACACAGUGUUUAUGAUCACCUCUAAUCAACACGGAAACAUGGAAGCCCAUUUCUGCCAGAAAUAAAACCGACAAAUAGUUAGAAAUAAAAAAAAAAUUACCUUGGAUCAGUAUUAUUAAAUAGAAAAAAUAGCUUAAGGGUGGCUUAAACCACAUUUUUCACAGUUGAGAAAUUAAUUAGUUGGCACAAAUUAACAAACCCUCAUCCUGAUGUGUUUUUUUUCCCCCAUAGAGAAUUAAAACUGUUCACCUAUAUCUUAAAUUUUAGCUUAUCGUGUAAAUUUAGCUUUUUGAGAUUCUUUUUUUAUCUAAUUUUUGAUUAACAUCUUAACGCCAUCUCAAUGCUGUUUUUUGUCAAUGGACAGAAGAAAAAUGGAGCCGCCCAGUGGUAAUUACUAAAGGACAGGAAGUUGAGCAUCAAAAAUAUCCCAUCAGGACCUUUUAAGAGGAAAAAAAAUUAACACAUACAUCAGCCUCCACACUUACUGACACCCCUGUGUUAAUCAGAGCACAUUUAUUCAGAUUAAGGUGCCAUGUUCUUCAGAUCAGCCCACAGGUUUCUGCAGGAUUUCAGCUCAGAUGGUCAUGGAGGAACCAUCUGAGCUGAUGUGUUCACAUAUUUGUGUCAUUAUUCUGAUGACCCACUAUCAGUUAUCUGAGAAAGGCCAUCAGAUUUAUACUGCAGAUGUUCAGCUCUGCACUCCAACAAAGCUCCCUGGAGCCCUGGAAGAUGAACAGGCCCACAGCAUCACAGAUCCUCUGCCUUACUUAGCAGUUAGCAUGAGACCCGCCUGGAGGGUUUGUUGCUGAAAAGCUCGGCCUUAGUUGAUCAGUUAGAGUUUAGCAAACUGCACCUGCUUAUAUUUGUGAUGGUAGGACUGAAAUUGAGAAUUACAUUGGUUAUUUUAUUUCUAAUUAGUUCUUAAUGUUGGAUUUCUAAAUGUGCUCUGAUCAGCUGUUUGCGUUUUUUCAGAAUUUCUCAUUGUGAGCUCGUUACUUUAACAAACGCCGCCUUCGUUUAAAGUCUUUACAGGGGAUGCCAAAAAGUGUGGAGGUUGCUGCGUGUGUAGUUAAAGACCUUUUUGUCGGAAUGGUUGAAGUGUUAAACAUCCAGACGUUGUACAGAUAAAACCCAGACAAAUGUUUCUCAUCCCGUAAUGUGCUACUACCUACACAGGCUCAAUGUCACAAGUAUUCAGCAUCCAGAAAAAAAAGUCAACAACUUCUUGUCUUGGAGACGUCUGCAGGUAAAAAACUGUGAAGAAAAAAACGUGGCUUUUUUUUUUUUUUUCGUAAUUUUUGCUUUUGGUCGAUGCCAAAAAAAAAAAAAACAACAAAAAAAGAAAAACAACAAUGUCCCCUACAUGUCGUGGAGUUGUUUGAUGUUCAAAAUGAUCGGACAGCUUUUUCUCGUGAUUUCACUCAAGCCUUUAAAUUUAAUCGUGUUUGUCUUUUCUAAGUCGUCAGCGAAGGAGCAGUGGACCGAGCAAAGGAGACUGGAAAUUUUCCCAUUUUCCUGCCUUUUUGUAGUUCCUUUUAACACCGCCGGUUACAGACUGAGGAUCAUUCAGAAGGUGUGAUGGUCUUCUAAAUAAAAACAUUGUCAGAGCAGAGCUGUGGGGCUUAAUGCUCCUUAAAUCCCGCCAGAAGGAAACGCAUCCUAUGGGUUGUUUCUGGAAGAUUUUGGGCUUCUAAAGUCGCCGGACAUGAAAAUGAAAACAAAUCAGCGUGGGAGCUAAAGGCAAGUGACACUUUCUAGUCAAGAUGUUCAAUGUUGGAAGUCUCAAUUUGUUUUUUUUUCUUGCCCUAUAACAAAAGUAGCCCCUUCUGCAAUCACUCAAAGCAUAAAAAAGCUUAUAAUGAGACGACUAAAGAAGUGUAAACCUCUGACAGAUCUGAACGUUCAUUAGCGUUUUAUUUAAAGCGUGUAUAUGGUAAGACAGGUUUGUGUUCAGUAAACACAAAGAAAUUAACAGCUGCUGAAGGUUUAAAGUUCUUUUUCCUUCACUAAUGUACUUAUGGUUUUCUUUGGAUGUAAUCCAGACUGAAGGUUUUCCAUGAACCUGUUUUCUGUAGCUACUGACUUAUAGUUUUGAGAUAAAUAUUCUCAAUAUUUUCCACUGAGCAGCGGCUGAUUUAUUUUGACUUCACAUAUGUAGAAUAUAGGGAUGUCCCAAUCUUACAGAAAGAAAGUAGCAAAAAUGCUACUAGGUAAAUGGCUUAGGAUGCUUAUUUAAGGUUUAUUUUUACUUAUAUUAAAAAUGCAAUUAAGUUUCAUUCCCCUUUUCAAAGAGUAUAUUGUUUAUGGUUGUAUAGAAACAGAUCCAGAUAGCAAACAAUUUAUUCUCAUAGGAGCAUGAUUAGCAUACUUUUACAGUGGCUCUGUAUUUAGGUUGUCAAAAGCAACAUUUUGCUGACGUAAUUUAGAAAUAGUUUUGUCUUAUGCAUAUGGAUAAUCAGCACAUGUUAAAUAGCAGCGUGUUAUACUAGCUAGCAACUGCGUAUUGAAAAUUAGCUUGUGUUAAAGGAUGCUGUGGGCUAGUAAGACUGCAAUGUUCAUUGCUUCUCUGAAAAACAUCAAUCCUGGUUUCCAACACUUUUACUGAUUUGCUGAUAAUGAUGAGAUAUAUUUUUUUUCCUGAUUUGAGAAAAACUUACUGUCCUAAAUUACUUCAAGUUCAAAAAAGAAUAGCUUGACUGGUUUAAAAUGGUUCAGCUUUUGCUACAUGCUAACUAGCAUAUGGCUAAAAAGGACUGUAGCGUUUUAGCUAAGAUGCGCUAAUUAGCCAUAUGCUAACUAUCAGCCUUGCAUGAUGGAGACUGAGUUGAGAUGUUUACAACCCCUCAGCUAGUCAACACAUUUAUCUAAAUGUGAUAAGAACAUCACUAGAGGUAACUAAAUGUAAUAAGUUAUGUAUCAAAAUAAACUAAAAGUUUACAUUAUGCAAGUCUGCUUAGCAGUUCUCUAUAAAUUAAGUUUUACAUAUUGGUAGUUUUAAUGUAUUCUUUAAGAAAUCUUUCAUAAAAUCACCCUAUAUUCCCUUUUUUUUCUGGGAAACUAUGUUGGAAUAAUGUUCUCUACUUCACCCGCGGUAUGUAAGUUCAGUCCAUUUACCAUUUACCAUUUCACUGGAAUCACUAACAUGCCACUUUCAAGUUAUUCAGUGGAACAAAUGUGUAAAUCUGUACAUUAGAAAAUGAUGGCAUUCUGUAAUUAAACAAUUAUGGGAUUGUUAAAAAGUGUAGCUGCAGUGGUCUAGAAAUAAUUUUACUUUUAGCUACAUGUUAACUAGCAUAUGGGUGGCUAAAAUUACAGUAGCAUACUGUAAGUCUCCACUGGAGGCGUGGGUUCGAGUCCCACUCCUGACAGAAUCUGCUUCUAAGUUCAAUUAU